AUGCAGUUUUACCAAAAUCUACUUCAUUCUUAUAGCGAAAAAUCCAACCCGAACAGCCCUGACUUUGAAACCACGAUUGAAAAUAUCCCUUUCCUAUGCCGAUCUGAAUCCGGUAGCAAGACUGCACAGCAUUUUGUUGCAAGUUGCCGGCCUGAACAAAUUGAUCAGAUUAUUAGGGUCGUUUCUCCACACUUAGGAGAACUUAUGUCAGACCACUAUGGGUCCUACAUGUGCAGAACUCUUUUCGAUAGAUGUUCCUUCGAGCAGAGAUUGUUUCUUUUUAAUACAAUUAGAGACGAGAUGGUUUCAAUCUCUAAAAUUGGUAAAGGGACCCGCUCUAUGCAACAUAUAAUAAGGGUUGUAAGAUUCCCAGAAGAAGAAGCUGUAUUCCAGCAAGCUUUCAAGGGUCGUAUAUUUGAGCUUUCUAUGAUUAAUAAUGGAUCUCAUGCGAUUCAAGUGUUUUCUGAGUGACAAAAUCGUGAAUUUUUUAUCCGUGAAAUUCUCGGACAUGUCAGAGAGUUGGCAUCUGACAAAUUAGGUGUAAUGGUAAUAAAAAAAAUUAUCGAUGAACCUCGGGUUUUCAAUGAAUUGUUAGAUAAUACUAUUGCGCUAAUGCAAGACAAAUAUGGCAAUUGCGCAUUUCAGCAUAUGCUUGAUUACUGGGGAGAAGAAUGCUCGCUGCCAAUCAUAAAUUGUAUAAAAGGUCAUGCCUUAGGCCUUUGUAUACAGAAAUAUUCGUCAAAUGUGAUGGAUAAGUGCGUGAAAGAAAAAAGAAUGAGACGUGCGAUUAUUAAUGAGCUGAAAAGUGUAGAGAGAAUGCAAGUAUUGCUGGAUAAUCCUUAUGGAUGCUAUUUUUUGAGGACUGCUGCGCUGGAAAUAGAGCUAGAUCAGAAGGAAGGAUUAAAGAGAGCGGUUUUGGCAGCAAUUCCUCUGACUGAGCAGAAAAAUUAUAAGCCACGAUGAAAUGAAAUUUUAUCUUAUCUUCGCUAA